AUGGCGGACGUAAAGGAGCUUCAAUCUGUGGAAGUUCUCCAAGAAAAGUCCAUGUCAUCGGGGGACCCGGAGGCCAAUGCUAGAAUCAAGACCACCGCACAAGGCAUCCCUCUGGUCCCCCAGCCCAGUGAUGAUCCAGAGGAUCCCUUGAAUUGGAGCCAAUUCACCAAAAUUGCAGCUCUUAUGGUCCUCGCGUUCGAAUCAUUCCUGGUCAAAUUCUCGGCCACGUUGAUUGCUCCUGAUGCAUUGGAGCUGGCUGAAGAAUUCAAUGUCCCCGAGACAACCGCGACGUACAUCGGAUCUGUACCUUCCAUCUUAAACGCAAUAACCUCCUUCUUCUGGAUCCCGAUGAGCCACCGAAUAGGUCGACGGCCAGUACUUCUCAUUGGCAAUCUGAUGACCUUGGUCAGCGCGAUCGGGGUGGCUCGAUCCCAGACAUAUGCGCAGUGUUUAGCUUGUCGCAUGCUCAUGAAUGUAGGUGGCAGCGUUGGGUUGUCCAUCGGACCCGCUGCUAUUUCUGAUAUGUUUUUCUUGCAUGAGAAGGGGUCGCGGAUGGGUGUAAAUAGCAUUUUGCUCGUUAUUAGUCCGUAUGUGGGCGGUGUCGCUGGUGGCUCGAUUGCAUACAAUAAGAGCCUCGGAUGGCGGUGGUCCAUGUACAUCGCAGCCAUCCUGUACGCCACACAAUUCGUUGCCCAGAUCUUCUUUGUGCCCGAAACCAUCUAUACACGAAACGAGAAAACCAGCGCCGAGUCCAAGCCUUCCGACCGGAAGAAGUCCACGUUCCUGUCCCGCAUGAAGUUUCGCAAACCAGUGGUCCCCAAGGAAGAGACUUGGGGCCAAACCUUCCGCAAGCCAUACAAGAUGUUCGCUUAUCCCGCCGUUGUUCUUCCGUCUUUCUGGUUUGGCGUCGCAAACAUGACUGAAGUCGGAAACACGGCCGGAUUUGCGCUCAACUUCGGUAGCAAGAGCCGCUUUCACUUUAACUUGGCUCAAGUUGGCUUUUGCUACUUCUCCGGUAUCAUUGGUGCCGGCAUUGGUGAGAUUUUUGGUGGGCCACUCUGCGAUAUGGUCGCCAAAUACUCCUUACGACGAGGUCAGGAGUGGAGACCGGAACGUUUGCUUCAUCUUGCGUGGUCUGCUCUCAUCACCAUCUCGGCUGGUCUCCUCCUGUACGGACUUGAACUCGAAUAUGGUGACAGCUGGGCUGCAGCCCUCACUGGAAUCGGUCUCUUCACUUUCGGACAGGAAGUCCUCGUCACUGUCCUGUUGACAUACAUGACGGAGUGUUACCCGGAAGAUGCAGCAGAGGUAGCUAUUGUCUUCCAAUUCUUCUUUGCUGUCCAGACAUUCCAUCCCCCUUUCUAUCUCCCUCAGUGGAUCAAGCAACCUGGUGGAGCCAAGGUCCCGUAUAUAGUUUUCGCAGCACUACCGAUAGUGCUGUAUCCCUUCUGCAUCUCGUUGUUCACCUGGAAGGGUCCGCAGAUCAGAAAAAGAGGACCUUUCUUUGUUCUAUGA